GGGGUGGGGCGGGGCCAGUCGUGCGCUGGCACUGCGGGUCGGUUGCGGCUGCGGAGCCUACCCGGCCUGAGAUGCCGUGCAAACGCAGCACCAAGUGUGCACAGACUCACGAUCAGACCGCGGGAGGGACCUGGGAGCGGCCACGGUCCCAAUCAUCAGACCCAGCCUGUGGAACUCGGUCUUGGGCAAGCAUCGUCUGGAGUGCAUCCGAAGAGUCUUUAGGAUUACUUUAUCCUUAAGAGAACAAGAGCUCAAACAGGGAAAGAGCCUGCCCUUUGGAUCCAGGACCAGCCGCUGCUGUCCACCUGUUCACUUCCACACUAUCCUCACAUCUCCAUCAUGACACCCCUGCUCCCAGUGUUCCUGGUGGUUCUGGUGGGCCUGCCUGUGGCCCAGGCUCUGGAGUGCCACGUGUGUGCCUACAAUGGAGAAAACUGCUUCAAACCCAUGCGAUGCCCAGCCAUGGCCACCUACUGCAUGACCACACGUACUUACUUCACCCCAUACCGGAUGAAAGUGAGGAAGUCGUGUGUACCCAGCUGCUUUGAGACUGUGUAUGAUGGAUACUCCAAGCAUGCCUCUGCCACCUCCUGUUGCCAGUACUAUCUCUGCAAUGGGGCUGGCUUUGCUACACCAGUGAGCUUGGCCCUGGUUCCGGUACUCCUGGCCACCUUCUGGAGCUUGCUGUAAAGCUCUGUUCCCCUAGGCAGACUCACCCAAACACAAAGCUCUUAAAAGACACAGUUGCAUCCUUUCACCCUCUUGCUCCACCCAGCCCUCUUCCCUCUGAGACUCCUCAGUCACAAUGGGGACCCAUGGCUAUCUACAACAGACUGAUGACAUCCAGAUACCUCACUCCAAGGCCAUAACCUUUUGUUUUCAGAAGGCUGAUAUACGGAUCUAAAUCUCUUUACCUAGGAUCAGGGGCAUCCGGGAGAGUUAUGUUUGCGGGGUGAGGGGCAUCAUCAGUCAGUUAAGAAACACUGAUUUGAAGGAAUCAGUGGCCAAAUUCCACCUUUAUGGCAUCAGGUCCCUGCCUCAGUCUACCCAGCAGAGGUCUGCUAGAGGGGGGACAUAAGAUCGUGAACUGGCUAGAAGCAAAGAAAGACUCAGCUGAGCUAUCUCCUACUGAGUCUAGCAGCUGCCCAGGGCAAGCAUGAGAUGGAGGCCGUGUGAGAAAGUCUUUUGUCAUUUCCAGCUAGCUCAGGAACUCUGCCAGACCUGGUGUCAGGACAGUUCUUGGCCAAGGGUAGCUAGCAAUGGCUUUGUUUCCACAGGCCACUAAGAUCUCUCCAGUCCCAGCAGCUCAGCAGGCCCCUUGACCUCCACUACACCUCCUCACCCUCACACUGGCUGCUGGGCCUUGAGGCUGGCAGGGACAUCGGGGCAGGUGGCCCAUGCUAUAUUUUGUCUGGCCUGUACACUGGCCAGAGCUAUUCUGGGCAUGGCAGAAAGGGAACAGAGGCAGGUCAGAGCAGGCUAGUUGGGGUGACUGGGACGGACAGCAAAGCAGUCUUCAGCAGGCUUCCCAGGUCCUGUAGGCAGCUUCUGAAUCCUCUUGUCCCUUGGUAAAUUUUGGGGAGACAAGUUCACAGGGAGCCAGCCCAAGUCCCAGGUGACUGCCUGUGAAAUUGAUUGUGACUGAAGACUUCUGGGUAUCAAGACUCCAAAGAACCCAACCCCAACUUAGGAGCCACCGAUCUGCCUUUCAUGCCAGUGUAGUUGACCCAGGGAGCCUUACCCUCCUCUCUGACUCAUGUGCCACUGUACCCCAACUCAUGUGCCACUGAGGGAACCCCUAAAGCUGGCCCAGCCCAGGAGUCAGGAAGUUGGCCAGUGUCCAUGUAGUGGGAUUACCCAUGACUGACUAUAGGGGAGUCUUAAUGGUCACCACAUCCUACUGGUCACACAUCCUGAAUGCUUUUCUCAGACCAACCAGCUGUAGGAGCUCAAAACACAGAAGCCCAUCCUGGGGACCUUCUUCUCUGUUCUUAGGCAGACCUGAGCUCUGCUGCUGAAACUGAUGUCAUUGUCUGCCUCAGUUUCCUCCUCUGGGGACAGGCUACUCAAUGGGGAGACUGAAUCCUGCUGGUGGGCUUGCCCAGGUCCUCAGGAAUAGGAACUGUGUGGCUUUAUUACAAAGGUGAGUUGGGUGGGAAAUGGCCCAGAGAUGAGGAGACAUUGACUACCGAGAAAGAAUAUGAGUCUCUUGGGAGGCCAGGAGUAGAGGGGUGAGGAACACACAUGCAUAUGUACACACAGUGGCUACAGAACCCAGAAGGCAGCACUGGUUAUGGUGUCCCCUGAGGUCCAGGCAGGAUGCUGAGAGGAAGACAAUGCUGCCCUUAUACUGGUAAGGAGGGUCAGAGGCAGGUCCCUGACUCAGUGGGUGAGACCUGGGAAACAUUACCCUGCUUGUGCAAGUCCAUUGUCCCCAGUCAGGUGGCAUCCUGGGCCAGAACUGGGAGGAGUCCCGAGACUAGGUCCUCCCUCCCACCACAAGGGGGUGAUGUGGAAGAGGCCCUUAAUUACCUGUGGCUGAGAGCGUUGUGGUGUUGGGGGCAGUUUCACAUGUCUCAUGACACCAUUCAGACAGGCCCCACAGUGUCCACACUGCCACCCCUCCCUAGUCUGUCCUUGGUGCUUAGCACAGAGCCCCAGAAGGUGCUCAAUUAACACAAGGCCAAGCCUGCCAGUGGGAGGUGCACAUUAGGGGAACAGUGCCAGAUGGCUUGUCCUAAAUCCUGUCUGCAGGUGACUCUGCACCCUUCACAACAGUUCUGCAAAGUGUGUGUGUGUGUGUGGGGGGGGUCAUUACUGCACCCCUUAGACAGGUAAAGAAACUGAGGCAGAGAGGAGUGAAGCACUUAGUUUUCCCGGGCCACCUGGCCGCCUCAUCUGCUUAGUACCAAAUAAUUCUACUAUGGGUGUUCUUCCAACAGCUGGGGGUCUUUGAGGCUGCAGACCCUCUGGAUGACCGUGGCUUCAUAAACCAGAGAAUCUCAGAAUGCAAAGUUAUGGAACAGAGGCCUUAGAAGGGGACAUCAGAACUGGAGGUUUGAGGGACUGGAGAGUAGGCCAGGGGGGUCCAGCCCUGUGUGAGCAUACAUAGAGAAGGAACGUGGGAUGGAGUGAGACAAAGCAACCCAGUACCAUCAGCCGUCACAAGCUGACCUUGCCUCUGUCCAGCACUAGGGCUCAAGGCAGUGGGUGUUCUCACACUAGGGUAGACAGUAGCCCUUCAACAUGGAUGGUGUCCAGAGUGGCUGGUGGUGGUUAUCUACAGAGCUGCAUUCUGGAAGCAGCUGGGAAGUCACUGGAGAGAGGCUGCAGGAUGGAACCGUGAUACCACAGAGUGUAUGCGUGCACGUGCCUCUCUGAGGUUUGAUGAAGCCAAGUCAACACAUGAAGCUAAAGCAUGAUGCAGAGGUGUCUGGCCUAGCCCACCAGAGAGAAGCUGCCAGCAGAGUCACGCUCUGCAGCCGCCGCCAUGUCUGUGGUUGGCCUCCCCAAAAACGGAUAAGGGGAAGGGGGCGGGGCAGACCACCUCCGUCUUCUGCAGCAAGCAUGGGAGUUCACAUUCUGAGACUCUAGAAUGAUUUCCAGGAGUAGGGAGGCCCCUUGUUUCAGUGCUUGGUUAUUUUCUAGCAAGUACCAUGGCAUCCUGCAGCACAGCUUGCCCUGGGUUCCUCGGGCACAGGCUCACACUCCAGCCAUCUCACUGGUGAAAAGACAAUGGCCGAACCCACUCAGCUGGCUCUUGGAGGCCAGUGCCAAGCCUGGGGCCUGCACAGAGGAGGCCCCAAAGAAUGCAUGGGUACAUGCUGUCUGGCACUUCCUCUGCCAACCCUAAGCUCUCACCCAGCAAGGACAUGGAAUCCACUUUUAUGCCACAGCUCCCUUCCCCUAGCCAACCCCAUGUACCUAUACUUCAGAGUGGUCAAUGUCAAUGCCCCCCCCCCCACUGAAUGAAUAAACAAAUGAAGGACAUGUGUCUA